CCCGAUAGGCCUCGGGAGUAGCGGCCCAGUGACUUGUGGGAGAUGUAGUUCUUCAGGCGCGGAAGCCGCGGCCGUCGGCCGGCAGAGGACUCAGUUUCCCAGAGGGCCGAGCGCGGCGCAAGAUGGAGGCAGCCAGGCCGCGGUGAGCCGCUGUAAAACAGACACCAUUGGCGUUUACUUCGUGUCCCUUUCCUGGAGUUGUGCCUUCAAUUUGGGAGUCACGCGAGGCCCAGAGGAAUGGAGAUCUUGCCUGUGUUUGACCUGGUGCCGGGCACUCAGAGCCACUCCUGGUCUGCCUGGUCUGGUCCUCGCCAGCCACUGAGCCACUGAGCAGAGCCGUGCCUGGGGGGGGCCUUUGCGACCAAGAACUUUCUCCAGCGCUCGGCGCACCAGCCGUCCAGCACAGGCGCCCAGCAGCCAGGGAGGUGUGGCGUGGCUGGGGACACAUGGCUGAGGCGGGGGACGGCCAGCACUUCCUUGGCUCCGGGGGCGACGCUCUGCCUCCCGACCCCGUCUGCCUCAGCGACUCGGACUCCGACCUCAGCCUGCCCGAUGAUGCUGAGGUGGAAGCUCUGUCUCCAGGGGCGCUGCCCGGGGAGGCCCUGGGGGAUUCGGGCCCCGAUGAGCCCCCCUCGCCCCCCUCGCCCCCCUCGCCCCCCAGGCGCUUCCCCACAGCAGCGGUGCAGCCCUUCCACCUGAGAGGCACGAGCCCCACCUUCUCCCAGCGCAGCCACGACAUCUUCGACGGCCUGGAGCGGGCAGCCAGGCGGGCUCCGCCCUCUGCGGCCCCAGCUGGCCCUGGCGACAGUGGGGGCUUCCGGCAGCCGCCGACACUCUCCAGCCAGCCUCCAGCCGGGGGCCCAAGCAGGGCCACUCGGAAUCCCGCUCCCCUGAGGGUGCCCCCCGUCCCUGACUACGUGGCCCACCCCGAGCGCUGGACCAAGUACAGCCUGGAGGACGUGGCUGAGGCCAGCAAACAGAGCAACCGGGCCGCCGCCCUGGCCUUCCUGGGCCCCCAGAACCUGGCCGCCCCCAGCGACUACGUGCCCUCCUUCAACCAGGACCCCUCCAGCUGUGGGGAGGGCCGGCUCAUCUUCACCAAACCGGUCCGAACCGGCGAGGCCCGGCUUGAGAAGAGGAGGGUCCCGAGGAAGGCAGGGGAGCCGGGUGGGGGCACCCGUGGGAUCCCGGGAGCGGCGGGGGGCGAGGGCCCCGUGGAGCUGGCCCACCUGGCCAGGCCCGGGAGCCCGGAGGCCGAGGAGUGGAGCAGACCCCGGGGGGGCCUGCAGGAGGUGGGUGCACCCGAGGGGGAGGCCCACGCGGGGUCUGGGGCCAGCGCCCUGCCGGUGGAGACGGUGGGCUUCCACAGCAGCAAGAAGCGGAGCAGGGGCCACUUCCGGAGCAAGGGCAGUAGCCCCGAGGCCCCAGGCGCGGAGGUCUGAGUGGGGAGACCGCCUGGCCGCCUGCCUGCCCUGGCUGAGCUGGAGGGACAGCCACCACUGUCCCCCCGGGGUGGCUUCAGGGGUGGCGCAGGCUCGGGGCCCCACCCCCAGGGAAGGGAGCCAGCGGGCUGCCUGUCGGUGGCACCAGCGGCCAGGGCAGAGACCUUGCUGAGGGUGUGAGCCAGGGGAUGGCGGAAGCCCUGACCCACCCCGUGCCCAGGGGGACAGUAAAAGCUCUGGGUGUUC